AUGUCUGGCAAAUUCGUUAGAGCCUCAAAAUAUAGACACGUCUUUGGUACUGAAUUCAAAAUUGAUCAACAAUACAGUGGAACCAAAAUGACUAAAUCCGCAUGGGAUUCUAAUAUGAUUGCUUGUGGUUGCAAACAUUUCUCAAUGAUUUGGGACGUAGCUGGAGGAGGAGCUUUUGCUGUUAUUCCAUAUACUAAAGUUGGAAAACAAGUUGAUGUCUGCCUUGUUAGUGGACAUAAAGGAACAGUUCUUGACAUUGACUAUAACCCAUUCAAUGAUAAUCUUAUUGCUUCAGUUUCUGAAGAUUGUAAUAUUUGUAUUUGGAAUAUUCCUGAAGAGUGUCCAGCAGGAAAUAUCCAUGAAGCUGCUCAAACUCUUCAAGGACAUAAAAGAAAAGUAGGAACUUGUAAUUUUAAUCCAUGUGCUUCUAAUGUUUUAGCCACUUCAUCUGCUGAUACUACUAUUAAAAUUUGGGAUAUCGAACAAGGUGAAGAAAUGUUUUCCAUUGGAGGAUUUACUGAUAUUAUUAAUUCAGUUGCAUGGAAUAGAAUAGGAAGUGAACUUGUUUCAACUUGUAAAGAUAAGAAAAUUAGAAUUAUUGAUCCAAGACAACAAACUGUUGCUAGUGAUGUUCUUGCACAUCAAGGAUCUAAAGGUAUGAGAUGUUUGUGGAUGCAAAAUAAUGAAAUGAUCUUCACAACAGGAUUUUCAAGAAAUGCUGAAAGAGAAAUGGCAUUCUGGGAUCCAAGAAAUCUUGCUACACCACUUUGUAGACAUACAGUUGAUAAUCAAUCAGGUGUUCUUAUGCCAUUCUAUGAUGCAGAUUCAUCUAUUCUUUAUCUUGGAGGUAAGGGUGAUUCAGGAAUUUCAUACUUUGAAAUUGUUCAUGAAAAACCAUAUUUCUAUUCUCUUAAUACUUUCAGAGGUGAAAAACCACAAUCUGGAUUAGGAGUUAUUCCAAAGAGAGUUUGCAAUACUACAACAUGUGAAAUUACUAGAUUUAUGAAAGUUACUAGAGAUGGAGUUGUUCCAAUCUCUUUCUGUGUACCAAGAAAAUCAGAAAUCUUCCAAGAUGAUAUUUUCCCAAAUACUUAUGCUGGUAUUCCUGUUGAAACUGCUAACGAAUGGAAAGAAGGUACUUCUAAUGAACCAGAUAUGUCAUUCAAUUUUGCUCCUGGUUUUGUCCCACCAGAAAAACCUGCUGCUUCAUUCAAUCCAGUUGUUAAAAAAGUUGAAGCUCCAAAGAGUGAUAAAGAAAUUAGAGAAGAAUGGGAACAACUCAAGAAUAGAGUUAAUUAUCUUGAAACAGAACUUGCAAAGAAAGAUGCUCAAAUUGCUGAACUUCAAUCAAAACUUGCUGCUGGUUCACAGUAA